CCUCUCGGGACAAAAGGAGCCCGUCAUCAUCGUUGGUGAAACACAAGGGCAUUGCGGCUGGAUGGAUCUCAAUCCGGAAUUCGAUUCGGCAGGCAGGAACUGAAUUUUUGGGCGCAGGGACAAAGUAUACGUUGGACGGCUGGUGAAGAAGAUGAAUUUUUGUGGGCUCUGUUUUAAUUACUAAGUAAUAUAAAACGCCGUCUUUUUUGGAUCGGCACACCCCAUGCACUAUAAUUUGCGAUUUCAACACGAUUGACGUGGUGACAACCAUCUUGCGUGUCUGCAGACUGCGCCGUAAACCCCCCCUCCCUGCGAGCCAUCACCGGCUACCGCGCGCAGCACACUGGCCCGCCGUCCUCCGCACCUGCACGCCGGAAAUACUCUGGUUUCUGUCUUUCCGACUCGCUACUCAGACAGCCAUUUUGAUUCAAAAUUCCCAUUGUGUCGCCACCAAGAAGGCAUGAACGAUCAGCAUUCUAACUCCAAAACAAACCUGGACAACAACAGAUACAGCUCCGCCCGGACCUCCAAGAGACUGCUGUGGAGAUGCAUCAGCCUUGGUCAUAUUUUCUCUCUUAAAAACAGGGUAGAAGUGUAAGAACAAGGUGAAGUUGGUUCAAAAAAUUUCUUAGGCGCUUAGAGAGUGGGGACCCAUGUUUCAAGUAGAAGAGACUCUAAAGUUAGCUUAGCAUCGGUCAUUGGUGCAAUCCUCUUUUCUGAAGGCCAUCAAUCGUAGCUUCAUAUACUUGCCAACAAGUUCAAGAAUGAAAGUGACAGUGGAUGCAGCAAUACUCAAGUUCAUCUUUCAAGAACCCACUUUCAGGCCUCUUCGGAGCUUGUACCAUGUUCAAACUGUUAAGCCACAUAUAUCUAUUUCUUCAUAUUGGUAUUUAGAAACAUCAAAUUGCAAUCAAGUUUGGAGCUUGAGAACCCACUCAUUGCAGCCAGCUUGUGGAGAGUUUCGUAUGAUUUUGGGGCCUAUGUUAGCUGGAAAAAAGACCACCCUUCUGAACACAAUAAGGCCUGAUACCAGCACAGGCAGUUUUCAGGGUGACAUUCUAAAGAAUCUGUACGGUUGGGAUAAAACACUAAAAGAAUUAUGUUUCUCAGGAAGAGUGAGGGAAGCAAUUGGGAUAUUGUGCCGCAACGGACUGCGAGUGGAGUCUGAAACAUAUUCCCUUCUUUUGCAGGAAUGCAUCUUUACGAAAGCAUACAAGCAAGGGAGAAGAAUUCACUCACAAAUGGUUGUUGUCGGGUUUCUCCCAAACCAAUACCUGACAAUCAAACUGUUAAUCCUGUAUGCAAAGUCAGGAGAUAUGGAUACUGCCCACAAUAUAUUUGAUAGGUUAAACUUUAAAUGCCUCAUCUCCUGGAAUGCAAUGAUUGCAGGGUAUGUGGAGUAUAGAAUGGAAGAAGUCGGCUUAUGCCUUUAUUACAAAAUGAAACAACAUGGCUUGAAUCCCGACCAAUACACUUUCUCAUCGGUCUUUAGGGCAUGUGCCUCUUUGUCUAUUUUGGAACAGGGCAAGCAAGCACAUGCUAUGGUGAUCAAAAGGAAAAUAUGUCGAAACCUAGUUGUUAAUAGUGCCCUUAUGGACAUGUACUUCAAAUGCAGUAGUCCAUACGAUGGCUAUCUCGUGUUUGAGAAGUCAUUGGAGAAGAAUGUCAUAACAUGGACUACCCUGAUUUGUGGAUUUGGGCAGCAUGGUAGGGUAGUGGAGGUGCUAGAGUCUUACCAUAGAAUGGUCAGUGAAGGUUUUAGACCCAACACUGUAACAUUUCUUGCAGUUCUUUCUUCUUGUAGCCAUGGAGGGUUAGUAGAUGAAGGUAGAGAAUAUUUUUCUUCAAUGACGAGAGAUUAUGGGCUUCAACCAAGUGGGAAACACUAUUCGGCUAUGGUUGACCUUUUCGGACGUGCAGGGAGGUUAGAAGAGGCUUAUGAGUUUAUUAAAAACUCACCCUAUCAGGACCACCCUGUGUUAUGGGGUGCUUUGCUUGGGGCUUGUAAGAUUCAUGGAAAUAUGGACAUGCUUAAACUUGCUGCUAUGAAUUUCUUUGAGCUGGAACCGGAGAACGCCGGGAAGUACGUUGUCCUUUCUAAUGCCUAUGCCUCAUUUGGUUUGUGGAACAAUGUUGCAGAAGUCAGGAGAGUGAUGAAAGAGUCGGGUGUUAAAAAGGAGACUGGUCAUAGCAUGAUUGAGGUUCAAAGACAAGCACACUUCUUCUCUAUGGGACAUAAUACUCAUGCACAAACAGAUUUGAUAUUUGAAGUGAUUAGGGACUUGACUUACAUUUUGAAGGACACAGGAGAUGUACCAGAACUCAGAAGCUAAGGAGAAAGAAAGUUGUAGUUCACGUAUUAUCUUCUCCAGAACCCCCGCCCUGGCACCCCUUUCUGAGUGGCCUGGAUUAUGUUCUAGUAAUGCAUGAAAUGCUUUUGCCAUUAAGUUUUCUGGAUCAUUUUGCUCAAUGUCAUUUAUAUGGAAAUCAAAUUGCUGACCAUAGUUAUCUUGCAUUCCUGUUA